AAACAAUUUAAAGCAAAAUAAAGUUAAUUUUAGGUUUACUUUGUGAGAAAUCCGUUUAAAAUAAAAGAAACAUUAAUUUUAAACGGGUUUUUACGAAAACUCUCCUUUCUUAAGCGUUUCUUGCAGGCUGGGUUCUUCAAGAACCUUGAUAGGUAAAAGUGGGUUCAGUUGUUUGACGUUUUGUCCGAUUUCAAUGCGAGGUUCUUGUAAAAUAUCCGGAAUUUCCGUGUUUAUAGUGAAAUAGUAAAAGAUCUGAUGACAAUGUAAAGGUUUUUUAAUUAUUGUUUUAUUUAAUUUGCGUGCAAUAUAGGAUAGUGUAAUAAUUUAGUGCAAAAAUUAGUGAAAUUUAUGCUGUGAUCCAAAGAAAUUAUUUGAAUUAAUGGAAACCGACCAAAAUGAAACUCACCCAACCACUCAUUUCUGUCUGUCUAUUCAUUCUACUCACCGUUCUCCGUAACAUCCAAGGAGCAUAUGUCCCUCCAGGACCUCAAUACGCCUGUCCCAAGGAGAAGCUUCUGUUACAUCCUUGCAGCUGUGAUAUAGAGAGCGACCAGGGCAUCUACGUCAGUUGCAACAACACCAAUCUGGCCAGCAUGAGCCUGGCCCUGAACAAUCUGGCAACGUUUCAACUGCCUAUCGAAAGAUUGACACUUAACACUUGUCACGUUGCCCGAUUGUUCGGCAGCCUUUUGUACAAGCUCAAACUGAGGAUUUUAAGGAUAGAGGACACCCCCUUGGAAGCGGUGGAGGAUUUUACCUUCCUGGGGGUGAACAACAGCCUCAACGAGCUCCACAUCGUCAAUUCCAGUUUGGCCGAGUUUCCAACAGAGGCUUUUAAGAUUUUGGGAAAUUUAACAAUAUUAAAUAUAGACGGCCACAACUUGACUGAAUUACCGAAAAAUGCCUUUGUUGACAGCGAUAUGACAGGAAAAUUGCUGAGACUGCAUAUAGUAAAUGGCAAAUUGAAUACGCCACCCAUAGAAGCUUUACAGCAUCUUAGAAAACUGAAAACUCUAGAUUUGCAUGGCAACCAACUGAAGGAUCUGAAAAGGAACCAGUUCAAGGGACUUAGAGAUGUUGAAGUUUUGGAUUUAAGUUUUAACAACUUGACGAAAAUUGAUGGCACGCAUUUGGGAGAUUUAACCAAGAUGUCUUGGUUAAAUAUUUCUCACAACAGUAUAACAGAGCUCACAAGAGGAGCGUUUGCUAGAAAUACAGUCCUUAGAGUUCUAAACAUGUCAUCCAACAAAAUAAAAAAGCUAGAUUCAAACUCCUUCAGAGGAAUGAGGUUCUUGAGACGUUUAUUUCUGGCUGACAAUCUGCUUACUGACGUUGGUAGAGGUACCUUUUCAGCAUUGCAGAGGAUAGGAACUAUAGAUUUAGCCAGAAAUUUCUUGAAAAAAAUUGACUACCAGAUGUUCUUCCAGUUAAACUUUGCUGAGUUGGUAGAUGUAUCAGAAAACAACGUGACAGAAGUUCAAAAACUGGCAUUCAAAGACUUAUACCUGACUACCAUCAACCUAUCGAAAAACAACAUCAGCAAAAUUGAAAGUGGAGCUUUUGAAAAUUGUGCCAACAUGACCAAACUUGAUCUGUCAUUUAAUAGUCUGAAAACACUACCAAAGAAGGCUUUUGAUGAAACUACCUAUGCUACUGAAUUGCAGUUUUCUUAUAAUUAUUUCACCAGUUUUGAUCAGAUUCCUCUACAUAAUAUGACAGGUCUGAAAAUCUUGAACGUGUCCCAUAAUCUUAUAGAAAACGUACCAAAGAAGACUUUCCCUAAACUGUACGAACUACACACAAUAGACAUAUCCUACAACAACCUUUCAGAUAUCUUCAAUGCAGUGUUCCAGACAUUAUUCUCUUUAAGAACUCUGGAUUUAAGUCACAACUCUAUGACUUCGAUCAAGCCAAGUACCUUUGGACCACUACCUACUUUAUUGAAACUGGAUAUGAGUUAUAACCAGUUAGAAAACAUUGCAAAGAGUGCUUUCACAAGAUUGGCUAGUACCAGGGAGUUGAUUCUACACCACAAUAAUAUCAGUUCCUUGUUUAUCCUUCCAAUAUCAACCUCCCAUUUGGAUCUAUCCCACAAUAACUUUGAAGAACUGCCUUCAAAAUUAUGGCCUUCGAUGAACUCACUGUUAAAUCUGGACUUGAGUUUUAAUAAUCUCGGGGAUAGCUUGGAGCCGGGCAGUUUUAUGAACUUGCUAACGUUGCAGAGGUUGAAUUUGAGUUACAACGGUAUGACCCAACCACCUUGGGCUGCCAUAAGUGAGAUGACGUCUUUGCAGUACUUGUAUAUGCAGGGUAACAAUUUGACGAAACUGAACCGCAACGCUUUCGGCAAGAUGCCCGUCAUGUUCGAGCUGGAUCUAUCGGACAAUAGCAUCGACAACGUGACCGCCAAGGCGUUCGAGGGCUUGCUGCAACUGAUAAAGUUGAAAUUGAGUCGUAACGAUAUUACGGCCAUUCCGAACGGAGCGUUCCAAGGCUUGGUCGCACUCACCGAUCUGGAUCUGUCCGGUAACAGACUGGUCAAGCUGGACAACAAAACGAACGGGGUGUUCGAGGAGUGUCUGUCUCUGGAAAGGCUGAAUCUCAGUCAUAACAAGAUCACUUUCAUCACGAGGAAGAUGUUUCCAAGCAACCCCUACUACCCCUACAAAUUAAACGUCAUAGAUUUGUCCUACAACUCUAUUCCAGUGAUUACUCAUGAUCUAACAUUCGGUACUGGAAAACUGGAAGUACUCAAUAUGAGCCACAAUGCUAUAGCGGAUAUCAGAAAAAGUGUUAUUGGUAAUUUAACAAGACUUAGGACACUAGAUCUGUCUUACAACAAGCUCCAUGACAUAACAUCAGAUGUUGAAUUCUUCCGGUUACCAAAAAAUGUGUCUACAUUAUUUUUGGCCAUGAAUGAGUUAACUGAACUGCCAUGGAAUCACAUUAAAAACGUCUCAAAGAUGGAUUAUCUGGAUGUCAGCAAUAACCAGCUUCAAAAUAUUGUUCCUGAGAUGACUGAAAUGAUUAUAAAGGGUGCUAAAGUGAAUUUUGAAGGGAAUCCAUUGUAUUGUGACUGCUUCCUUCGGCCACUCUUACGUCAUUUCAAAAGUCAAUUGACCCUAGAUCCGGUAUUCAAGACUGUCAAAUGUGUAUCACCACCAUAUUUGGACUCGAAGAAUUUCUACGAAAUAUCCGAGGAACAGCUGACUUGUCCUUCAAAUGUCAACACUACCAGACUACUUGAUAGUCUUGAAGGAGAUUUUGGUGUGUUGUCUGACUUGAAAUUUAGAGAAUUGAGCAUCAAAAAGAACAUCCUUAGAGUAAAAUGGCGCAUCUUAAAACACGAUGACAUUGCUGACACGGCGGUCUACAUCCGUCAAAGCAACAACUCAGUGAACAUCCCCUUCCAAGCGUCGUUGCCAUAUUUCCAAAGAGUCCUGGAAAUUGACGUAAAGAACAAAUCUAAAAUAAAUUUAGACUCAGGAACGGAUUACGAGAUUUGUGUUUUGGCCAAAACUAGUCGAAACUUUUUGAGGAAAUUUUAUCCUGACCAAUGCAGAAAUUUGAAGGAUACGUUAAAUGGUGGGAGUACUUUUAGUACCGAUUUUCUUCUGUUUUAUAUGUCUUUGAUUAUAAUGUUUAGUAGAAUUUUUUGCUGAUCAAAGCGUCAGUUAUUUUUCUGACGUAUGUCGAAAAAAAACGGCGUCAUUGUGGCUUUUGAAACUAUAUAAUAAUUCUAGGCAUUUUUCCAUUUGAAUAUUAUAUGUAUAUUGGAAAUUAUUUAUGGUAAUUUUUAAUAAAUGAUUCUAGUAGUUGAAACAACAGGAAUUAUCAACAUAAAUUUUAAUUUCAAAAGCCACUUGGACACUUCUUUUUUCAUCGUUUGACAUUUUAAAAAUUAUUUAAAAAAUAUGUCUAUUUUUUGUGUCUUGAGAUCGUUUAAUAUUUUUUUUGAUAAAAUACUUAUAUGUAUUUCAUAAAUAAUUCAUGAUUAGAGAUAUGAAAUGUUAAUUUAUUUUACCAAAAUUGUUAUAAAUAAUGAUAAUAGCCAACUUGUGUGAUAAGUAAUG